AUGUUCUUAUUCAUCAUCAGACGAAUCAUCACAAGUUGUUUCUUUAGAAAAUCGGUUACAUUAGAAUCUGAAUGGUUUCAAAAAGCUAGGGCUUCGUCUACUAUUGAACAGCUCCGUUAUUUGCUAGCUGAUUGUUGUCGUCGUUUAAAUGCUCAGCACAAAUGUUCAGACCCAACAUUAGCUUCAGAGCCUCGGGCAAAACCUUCAACUGAACGUUUUCAAUUAUCUUCAAAAGUUGUUCCUCCACAGGAAAGUAAUUUAACUGCUUUGGUUAUUUUAGCUGGAGAUAGUGUUGUACAAGCUGAGGUUUCUCUAAAGUAUGCAAAAAGUGCCUCUGGAUUUUAUCGAGCAACAGCCCAGCCAGAUGUCCACUGGAAAAUAUUACUCCCUGAAUUGUCCCGUAAAAUUAAACUUUUUGGAGAAACUCAAGCUGGUCCUGAACGAUAUUCAAUUAGAGAAUUUGCUACAGCAUUGGCUAAUUUGUAUGCUGCUCAUCAAAAUGGAUCAACCAAUGAAGGAAUUGAUGUUUUAAAUUCAAAAUUGGUUAAUGCAAACGAAGCUGGAAUUUCUGAUGGAAAAUUGUGGGCAUUAAAAUUGGCAACAAAUGUUGCUUGUAGUAUUUUUAAGAUUGAAAAGUUAUUGCUCGAUCAUGGUGCAUCAGAAAAUGAAUUCUCAAAAAUUCUCAAAAAUUUCCGCCCGACAGAAGGAAAAACACCAUAUGGAAAUAAAAAAUUAAUUUUUCAAAAUUGCGAUUAUGUUGGGACACUCGGGCGAAGCGAACAGUGGAGAUGUAAGAAUAACAAGAAAAGAUGUAGAGCACAAUUGAAGUUAUACUGGGGUUUUGUCAUCAAUUCACCCAUACACACUUGUGUUUAUGCUGCCAACCAACCUCUUCCACCUCCAAACAACAUACCUCUUCCACCACCACAACAACAAAAUUUGUCUUUAAAUAUUUCAGAAGAAGUUGUAUUUGUGCCAGAAACACCUAUUUUAAACAAUUCACCAAUUUUCAACAAUAUCCAAGAACAACAACAAUUUGCUUCAAUUUCUUUAAAAUCUCCAACUACUCAAAAAUCUAUUCCUCCACAGCUCUCUUACAAAUCUUCAAAAGAAUUUUCUUUCAAAUUGAAUUAUGUUUCUGGCAAAUGUUUAAAUGCUGUAGGCAUUAAUGGUUUAAGGCCUAUGCAACAAUGGUCUCUCACUACUUUUUUGAAUUGGCCUGGCCUAUUUAUUAUUGGAGGCGUUUUAACUUUAACUGAGCAACUUCGUUGGAUGGAAAACUGUCUGUUAGAAUACCCAGAGCCUCCAAACAUUACAAAUUUAUUUGUUCAAAACAACAAUCCUUACAGAGGAUCAAAUGUCUUCAAAAAUUGUUCAAAAAAACUUCGAUGGGUAACCUUGUGGAAUGAUUACAAUUGGGAUACAAAAGAAUAUUUAAAUAAUGCGAGGCAAUCUUUGCCUGAUGAAAUGGCUAAAUUGAGUCGUUUGGAUGUUUGUAGUCUAGGCUUGGGCGAUUUCCUUCCUGAUGCUGCUAUUGUCAAUUUUUAUCCAGAAAAGUCUCAUCUUUCGCCACAUGUUGACAGAUCUGAACGUGACUUGUCUCGUCCCCUCGUCUCAAUUUCUCUUGGCCAACCAGCCAUUUAUCUUACUGGGGGUACUCUUAAUUAUCCUGUUGAUGCAAUAAUUUUGCGUUCUGGAGAUAUUUUAAUUAUGAGUGGAGAGCAACGGUUAGUUUAUCAUGGAGUUCUCAGAAUUUUGUAAGAACAACCAAGAAUCUUUGGAGACGAAUUUAUUCAAAUGGUUAAAGAAAAAGAAGUUUUGGAAUAUGCAAAUAAUUGUCGAAUAAAUAUUACUGUUAGACAAGUCGUUAAAUAUAUCUUCUCCAAUUUUAGAAUUUUUUGUUGAGUAUUUCUAAAAUUGUGAACAAAAGUGUGAAAGAAGCCCCUAAAUUCGCCUAUUUUUUUGUUAUA